CACGGUGCACAUGGUUUACUGAGCAUUGCAGUUUGCUCGACUCAUAUCCCUUUAGGAGAAUCCAGCUAAAAUGGCCUUCACCGGUUUUCUUAAGAACGAAGACAUUACUGCAGCCCUGCAGGCAUGCCAAGCCGCUGACUCCUUCAACUACAAGGCCUUCUUUGCCAAGAUCGGUCUGAGCAGCAAGUCGGCUGAUGACGUGAAGAAAGUCUUCGAAAUCUUGGAUCAGGACCGGAGCGGUUUCAUUGAGGAGGAUGAAUUGAAGCUGUUUCUGCAGAACUUCGCUGCAGGAGCCAGAGUUCUGACUGACGCCGAGACCAAGGCCUUCCUUAACGCUGGUGACUCCGACGGUGACGGUAAAAUCGGAGCUGAUGAGUUCGCUUCCCUCGUUAAAGCAUAAGCACCAAUCGACCAAGCCCAACACCUCCGGCUUUCAAUGAACAACAGUUUUCACAAACUGCCUCUCUCAUCUGAUUUAUAAAUAAUUUUUUUAUACAUUUGCUUUAUGAAAUUCCUGCUGACUGCGUCUCCCUUUACAGCACUAUGUGCAAUUGUAAAAGUUGCUGAGUUGUGGUUCAUGUCUUAAUUAUGCAUUUUGCUAAUUGUAAAAUCAUUUGAUGCACUUUCCAGAAAGAACGAUAAAAUAAAUAAAUAUUCUUUUGGAAUAGAAAAUGCA